UGCACGUCACGAGCCUCAAUCACAGUCAGAUGUCGGUGCGGGUCAGACCAGACCACGUAUUAUUGACUCCCGGGAACCCGUCGACCCUGGCCUGCCACCUGGUGCGGAGGCCUGUAACCCUGCGAGGAGGCCUAGCUGGGUGGGAGGACUCACGAUGAGUGGGAAGAACGUGCUGCUGAAAGUGAUUCUCCUGGGAGACGGCGGAGUGGGCAAGUCCUCCUUGAUGAACCGGUACGUCACAGACCGCUUCGACUCUCAGUCCUUUCAUACCAUCGGCGUGGAGUUCCUAAACCGGGACUUGGAGGUGGACGGGCGCCUGGUCACUCUUCAGAUCUGGGACACGGCAGGUCAAGAGCGCUUCAAGUCGCUGCGCACGCCCUUCUACCGAGGCGCCGACUGCUGUCUGCUCACAUUCGCUGUGAACGAUCUGCAGAGCUUCCAGAACCUCGGCUGCUGGAAAAAGGAGUUCAUGUACUACUCUGAUGUUAAGGACCCUGAACGAUUCCCUUUCGUGGUGCUAGGCAAUAAGGUAGACAUGGAGCAGAGGGAGGUGGGGGAGGAUGAAGCGCGGGCCUGGUGCGAAGAGAACGGCUGCUGUCCUUACUUUGAGACCAGUGCUAAAGAUGACACUAAUGUCACGGCUGCUUUUGAGGCUACUGUCAGGGAGGUCCUGGCCGCUGAGGACCAGAUUGACCAUACACUGCUGAGUAGUACUAUUGAUCUCCAUGGCAACCGCAAAACCUCUCGUUCGUCUUGCUGCUGAUUGGGUAGGUGUGAAUCCAGCAUGGCUUAAUCUCUCUGGCGGAAACUUGUCUGUAGUAGUUUUAAGAGCCAGGGAGAUACAGUUUAUGGUACAGAUACUGUAGGUACAGAGUACUGAGUACAGUAUCCCCUAAAGAUGAUGUGGAUCAGAUACAGCUGCUCUGAGAAGGGUGGCGUCAAGGUGUCAGCUGAUGUCUAUAUUGCCGAAUUAUUGCUCUAAACAAGGUACAGGUACUGUAACGGGUGACUCAUCUUUUGUGCUCUGUCUGCGUUCAGUACUGUUGCACAAAAUGUUUUUUAUCCAGCUUCAGCUUUGUCUUUCCCUGUUCAGGGUUGUACUUAAAUAGUGUAUUUAAAACAUAUACCUAAUCAAGAUUAUUCAAGUUAACGACGAAAGAGAGAUUAAAGCAUCUUCUCUCGCAGAGCACACUGUACCAUUCGCACGGUAACAUUCAGAUACUUUUGUAACUGGUCAACUUUAUGUCCACAAGCUUGUUUUUAAGGAUUUUAGAAGGAAUUAAUUCAACGUUACGUUCUGUUUUUAUCAGAUAUGCUUGCAGUUACUGGAGAGCUAACGUAUUUUCAAGAUGCAGACCAUGUCUGUGAACGACAGCGUUUCCCAGUCUAGGCAAGCACUGAGCUUGAGACCUCCCAACAUCAAUAAGAUGACAUGAUUCGAGGCACAGGGGAAUUUUGAUAAUUGCUGCUUUCUAAAGGAAGAAGACUUUGGUUGUCUUCAAAGGGAAGGGAAUUCUGAGUUUUAUCUUUGCAGCUCUGACUUUGAGUAUUGGGUACGAACUGCCGUGGCACUCUUAUUCCUUGAACUAGACAUUUUAUUACAGCACUACAUUGUAGCUGCAAGGUGUCAGGGAAUCUGCCAUUAUCAGUUUUGGUUCCUGUAAUGUAUGUACGUGUUUACCAGACAAGGUGAGGUCAUUUCAGAAGUAGCAGCGCUUUUGCUACUGUGUCUAAAGUGUUUAUUUCCUUAUUAAGCGCUUUGCCAUUCCUCCAGAGUGUUACUUUUCGCAGACUUUAUAACAUUGACACCUUCAUCUACGUUGGGCUUCAGUGUUGGAUCAGGGACAGAUGGCUGUAUCUUUUCCUGGAGAGUAGUGGAGGUUGUAAGUAUUAAUGAUAUCUUUGUAAUCCUGCCUUGUUGAUUUGUGUUACAGGCCUUAACAUUCCUUUAGCUCUGCCUGUCCUGAGGUUCUCCUGUGCUUUACUGAUAUAUGACAUACACCUUGAGCUCUCAGUCCGGUCAUUAUAAUCUUCUGAAGCUAAAUGUCAAAUGGCACGAGCACAAGGCUCUUCACAUUUCUUCCAGUAUGUGAAUUGUGCGUCACCUCCCUAUCCAUUCAUACAGUAUUGAGUGUUAUAUACAACUUAGUAUUAUGGCAACUUCACAGUGUUAACUUGCUUUGAACCGGAUGGUACUUCAGUUGUUUUAAAACACCGGUUUACUUUCCACAGGUACAUUUUACUUUUUACUGGUGUUCUCCCGAGGGCUUGGUUGUUUGCUGGUCAGUUCUUCCAACAGUGUUUAUCUUUGUCUGACACUCAGUGUCGUCACCAUUUUGAUUUCUGAAGAGUAUUUUAUAUUGCGUCCUCAAAAGUAAUUAUCUUGUUUGCACAGUAGUUUUCAUUCUGACGCCGUGUUGUCAUACUUUGUUUCUGUUAUAUUGCUGUUACCCGUGAGCCUAAUGUGACAUGGUUUGCCUUUUCAAGUCAAACAUGUUUCAACAUGCAUGCAGGCUAAUGGUAAACAUUACAGGAAUGAACCAAAUCCAUUUAGGUACUGUCAUAGCCACAUGCUAUGUGACUCUCCGGUAAUGUAGGCCUAUAAGGUCACUUUAUUAUAUGGUUGCUUUAAAAAGUUUUAUAAGGUGUGUUUGAGUACUGGUCCUCGCAACUUAUAUGGGAAACUUGAUUAACUGUGAACUACGCAAAAAAACAGAAAAAAAUAGACUGGUACGUCAAUUCAAAAAUAAAAGUGAGGGCUGUUAGCUUGGUCAGGAUUAAUGAUUUCUUGAUUGAACUAGAUGCUCUCGUCUUCUUAUAAUACCGGUUCACUUUUUAACCCUGUUCAGAUGAUGUAGCCUACAGCGGUGUUUACCAGACAUCUUACGUUCGUAAGACGGUAGCAAAACCUACAGUAUGUUGCUCUCAUGAUUCCGCCCCUUCUAUCACCGCACCCCUGUCUAAUGUAUUUUUCAAAUGUUGCUGUAAUAUUUAUGAAUGUAGAAACUAAUUUCUGUGGGCUGUCCAUGUUAAUGGCUUAUGUAAAUUGCAAAGGGCAUUCAUUUAAUAAUAAUGUACAAAAUGACACUGAACGUCUGUUUCGCUCUCAGUGCUCAUCCCAUGAGUGUGAUUUAAGCUGCGUGAAAGUUUGACUGUUCAUCUUGAUUAUGUGUUGAGCUAAUGGAUGACUUCCCGUACUCCUCUUUUUUGCACUACCGAGGGCUGUCGUGAAUGAUCUCCAGUGCUUGGCUGCAAAUAAAACAUGCGACGUACCAAAUGGAAA